ACGAACAAAAGGAAAAGGAAUGAAUACAAGAGAAGAUUCUGAGCAUGUCUCGUCUUCCUCCUCGUAAGCGCGUAACAGACAACGACGUUCGUCGCUUCCUGUUCGUCGCUUCUUGGAAACGAACUUUCAAUCCCAACGUUGUCGCCAUCUCCGGAUGUCCUAACAAGUAAACGAGGCCAGUCCAAUCAUAUAUCCUAUUGAUAUCUCCCAGGGAGACGAAGAAGAAGAACCAAGCAACAGUCCGUCGUCGUCACAGGUUAUUCCCAUAUUCCUCGACACGCGCCGAAUAUCCUCACCCUUCUCCCUUUCGGCCUCUCUCUCUCCCCACUUCCUUCAAAACCCAGAGAGGGGAGAGGCCACAUUGCAAUAACGAUGAAGUUCUGGAAGAUCCUGAAGAGGCUGAUCGACGAGGCGCAGCCCGAGUGGCGCGACCAGUUCUUGUCCUACAAGGACUUGAAGAAGCAGCUCAGGCUCAUCUACCCGAAAGAUUGCGGGAUGCGCCACCUGGCCAAGCGCCGCCGCCUGGACUCCGCGGAGGGCUGCGCGGAUUGCGCCGCGGAGGCAGAGAAGGUGGUCAAUUUCAUGAAGCGGUUGCGUGGCCAGAUCAUCAAGAUCAAUGGGUUCUUCAUGGACCAAGAGGAAGAUCUUAUAAUUAGAUGGGCGGAAUUGCAAGAUCGGGUAGCAAAGGCCAAGAGCAUGGACAUCGAGUUGACGGAAGUGCGUAGAGAAAUAGUGGAUUUCCACGGCGAAAUGGUUUUGCUGCAGAAUUACAGCGCUCUGAACUGCAUAGGAUUAGUGAAGAUAAUAAAGAAGUACGACAAGCGAAGCGGCGCGCUGAUCUACUUGCCUUUCAUCCGGAACGUUCUGCAACAGCCAUUUUGCAGGACGGAUGUGCUCAAAAAGUUUGUGAAGGAGUGCGAAAGAAUGCUCGACCAGCUUCUGUUCAAGAACGACCACCAGACGGUAGACUUCGAGGCGAAGGACGAUGAGACUGUGGCUGAUCCGAAUGAUAUCCUGCUUAGAGUUCCCAGCGAAGUCGUUGAGAUUGAGCACAUGGAGAGCAUGUACAAGAAGCUCACUUUAGCAGCUUUGCGUGUAUUUGAGGAGAUUCGGAGCGGAAGCUCAACAGUGAGCAAGUUCUCACUACCGCCUCUGCAUAAUAAUCAAAGGGGUGAAGAUUAGAAGAACGACCCAUUGCGGUACGGCGCAAGCUAAUAAGUGAUUUGGAAGGACCCGUUCGCUUCAUAUUAUGCGCCUUUUCCUGAUAUCGAUACUGAUUGUACUUCUUCUGUUCCAGAGUAAGGGGUGAGCAAACCCUGGAAAACUCUGUUGGUUCUUCUUGUUCUAAAAUUAUUUUUGUGCAAGCAGAAUAACUCAUCGGGCUUCUAGCGUGGAAUUUAAGCAAAAUCUUUUGUUUCAUCUUUGGCGACUCUCACUUCUUCAUUUUCUUGAUUUGCUUGCUCUUCAGUGCAGCAAGACCAUGCUAUAUUGUAGUCCUUGUUUUCAACUUUUUUCACGAGUGUCUGAAAAGUUGCAGAAUUUAUGGCCA